AGAGGCCAGUGGAGGCCGCGGCGGAGCCAGGCUGGGGGGGUGGCUGGGAGGAGGAGGAGCGGGAGCGGGCUGGUGGCGGCGGCGGCCCGCGACCCCCCAGCCCCGAGCCCCAGCGGCACCAUGGCCUUCCGAGGGAUCCGGGCCGGGGGGCGAGGGAGCAGCCACGCCGAAGAUCAUGGCAAAAAGCAGAGUUCAAGUUGGGUUAACGGCAUGGAGAGCAGUAGCCACCACCACCACCAGCAGCCUGGACCGUCGGGGGAGAAAAGAAACCACCAUUGGAGAAGUUACAAGUUGAUUAUUGACCCCGAGCUGAAGAAGGGGCAGCAUAAACUCUACCGUUACGAUGGACAGCAUUUCAGCAAGGCUACUCAGUGCUUUCUCUCGGUGAAAAUCGAGGACCCGAGAGUCAGAAGGACAUGGACAAAAACCAAGGAGUUGGAACUUCGUGUCCCCAAAUUCAAGAUCGAUGAGUUCUACGUGGGGCCGGUGCCUCCCAAGCAGGUGACUUUUGCCAAACUGAAUGACAACAUCAGGGAAAACUUCCUGACCGACAUGUGCAAGAAAUAUGGGGAGGUGGAGGAGGUGGAGAUCCUUUACAACCCCAAGAACAAGAAGCACUUGGGCAUUGCCAAGGUGGUCUUUGCCACCGUGAAGGGGGCUCGGGAGGCCGUGCAGCAUUUACACAACACCUCGGUCAUGGGCAACAUCAUUCACGUGGAACUGGACACUAAAGGCGAAACUCGGAUGCGAUUCUACGAGCUGCUGGUGAAUGGCCUCUACACCCCCCAGACCCUGCCGGUGGGCAUCGAGCUGGACACCUCUCCCACGGCCAAUAAAAGUCUGCAGCUGACAGAUGCCCUGAAGCCCUGGGGCCAGCGGCCCCGGCGGGCUCCUGGCCGGGUCACCCCCAACCAAGCCCCCUUCUCCCGCCGCCAUUCCAGCAGCCCCCUGGCACCCCCCAACUCGUCGGCCCGUGCCGCCCCCACCCCCGGCACCCCUUCCAAAGAAAGGGCUACUCCAGCCGCCAGCCCACCCCCUCCUUACAGCCCGGGACUGGGCACAAGGCCCCCGGCCCUUUGCCCCCCCGAGGGAGGGCCCCUGCGCCUUUGCCCAGGGGGCCCGAGAUGCCGGGGACUAGGGCCCACCCCCCCCCGGUCCCCCCGGCCCAAGGAGAGGCCCGGACCCCCGGGACCGGCCCCCCCGGCCCCCCGGCUGAAGCCUGGAGCCCGGCGGGGAGCCCUGGGCCCAGGCGAACAGCCCCGGGGCCCCACGCUGGGAGGCCUCCCCCCGCCUCCGAAGCCCCCCACGUGGACUCCCCGCAUCGAGAUGUUACUGAAGGAGCAGAGAACCAAGCUCCCUUUCCUGCGAGAACAUGACUCGGACACUGAGCUCCGCAUGGAGGGCAGCCCCAUCUCCUCCUCCUCCUCGCAGCUCUCGCCCCUGCCCACCUUCGGCUCCAACUCCCAGCCCGGCUUCCGGGGCCAGACCCCCUCCUCGCGCCCCUCCAGCACGGGCCUGGAGGACAUCAGCCCGACCCCCCUGCCGGACUCAGACGACGAGGAGGACCUGGGCCUGGGCCCCCGGCCCCCCCCAGAGCCCGGCCCCCCCGACCCAGCUGGACUUCUGGGCCUCGGGGCCGACACAGCCAAGGAGAUGGCCGGGGAGCGGACGCCCGCCUCGGAGAAGAUGGAUGAGGUGAGUGGCGCCAGCUGGAGGGGGGGGCACGGGCCUGGGACCGCUGGCCCUAGCGGGGGCUCCUCCUCUUUGCCCCCAGCAGGACGGCGCUGGCCCCAGGCCCUGGGGGGGAGACCCAGAGGGCGGUUGCGGUGGACCAGUAAACGGCUGGGGGCCGUGGGCGGGAUGCCCAUGUCCUUCCAGAUGCGGCGGUGCUCAGCCCGGUCGGGCCAGGGCGGCCAGUACCCGCCCUUCAUGGGCAGCGGCAUGCAGUUCGUGAACCUGCCCCCCUACCGGCCCUUCUCGGUGGGCGCCGCCGUGGGCCGGGGCCAGCAGUGGCCGCCGCUGCCCAAGUUCGACCCCUCGGUGCCCCCGCCGGGCUACAUGCCCAAGAAGGAGGACCCCCACAAGGCCACGGUGGACGGCGUCCUGCUGGUGAUCGUCAAGGAGCUCAAGGCCAUCAUGAAGCGCGACCUGAACCGCAAGAUGGUGGAGGUGGUGGCCUUCCGGGCCUUCGACGAGUGGUGGGACAAGAAGGAGCGGAUGGCCAAGAUGGUCCCCGAGAAGGAAGUGAUGGGGUCCACAGCAGUCCGGACAAAGGGGGGAGGGGGGCCCAAAACGGGCCUCACCUCCUGCCUGCUGGAGAACUGGAGCAAGGGCGAGGGGCUCGGCUACGAGGGCAUGGGGCUGGGCAUCGGCCUCCGCGGCGCCAUCCGGCUGCCCUCCUUCAAGGUAAAGAGGAAGGGCCAGACCCACCUCAGGGAGACCAAAGGAUUUUCCACCUCGGUCAAAGGGAAGGGGGACAUGGGCCCCAACCCUCCACCUCUCCAAGAAGGACCCGGAUGGGGCCCUGCCUCUUCUGGAAAGCCCUGCCCGCCCCAACACCCGGGCGGGACCCCCUGGCCCAGAGCACAGGAAAGCCCGACACCGGGCAUGGCGCCCCUCACGCCAACACCCGGCCCUCAGUCCCCAGGUCCCCACAGCCCCUUUCACCGUCUCAACUCCCGGGUCAGGGCGGGGGCAUCCCUCGCGCCCCAACUUUACUUCCGCCCACCUUUUCCCGAGGCCGUGGGGCCCCUGCCUCUGUCUGUCUGCUCCCUUCCACCUGGCAAGAAGCUCCCUGGGGAUGAUCGGCCAGGGCCCGGUGCUCCAGUUUCUUCCAGCCCCCUGGAAACCGGCUUCCCCCUGCCCGUCUCUCUCCCCGUGCCCCUUUCAGUGCCGGUCCCUCUGCCGGUCCCGCUACCCCUCCCCCCGGGUCCAUUGCUCCCCCGAUCCUCCACCUUGCUACCUCUGCCCUUGACCUUGCCCCUGGCCCUGCCUCUGGCCUCUUCCCUGCCGACCCCAUGCCCUCCGCCCACCAAGAGGAAGCCCGGAAGGCCCAAACGUUCCCCACCAGCUGUGCUGACCCUGGACGUGCCUCCAGGAAGGCUCGCCACCUUGCCUCCUGAGGCAGCGGGCCCCAAGCUGCUGCUGCUGGCAGGGCAGCCCCCUGCCGCUGCCUCCUUCCACGGGGCGCCAGACCCCCGAGUCGUGACGCUGGACUUUAGGAACGACGGGGGCCUCCCUCCCCCACUCCCACCUCCGCCGCCACCCCCACCCCCGCCCGAUGAGCCCACCAAGCUCCCUUUCAAAGAGCUUGAGAAUCAGUGGCUGGAGGAGCCCCCUCCCCCCAACCGUGGGCCCGAGGAAGAAGUGGAGGCCGGUGACGGGAGCGGCUUCAGCAAGCCCAAGCUGCCUUGGCGCCGGCCUCCAAAGAAGCGGCACGAAGAUAUGGUCGUGCCCCUUCUGCCCCCGCCUUCCCCGGACUUCUCGUCCCCCCAGCGGCCCCUCUUCCGGGCCCGCUCCGAGUUUGAGGAGAUGACCAUCCUGUACGACAUCUGGAACGGGGGGAUCGACGAGGAGGACAUCCGGUUCCUGUGCGUCACCUACGAUCGGCUCCUCCAGCAGGACAACGGCAUGGACUGGCUCAACGACACGCUUUGGGUCUACCAUCCUUCCACCAGCUUCUCUACUCCCAAGAAGAAAAAGCGAGAGGAUGGCAUUCGGGAGCAUGUAACCGGCUGUGCCCGCAGCGAGGGUUACUACAAGAUUGACAAGAAAGAUAAACUAAAAUACCUCAACAACAGCCGCGCCUUUGCCGAGGAGCCCCCAGCAGACACCCAGGGCAUGAGCAUCCCUGCUCAGCCACACGCCUCCACCCGGGCAGGCUCUGAGCGCCGCUCAGAACAGCGGCGCCUUCUCUCCUCCUUCACGGGAAGUUGUGACAGCGACCUGCUCAAGUUCAACCAAUUAAAGUUCCGGAAGAAGAAGCUGAAAUUCUGCAAGAGCCACAUCCAUGACUGGGGCCUUUUUGCCAUGGAGCCCAUUGCAGCUGACGAAAUGGUCAUCGAGUACGUGGGGCAGAACAUCCGGCAGGUCAUCGCCGACAUGCGGGAGAAGCGUUACGAGGACGAGGGCAUUGGGAGCAGCUACAUGUUCCGGGUCGACCACGACACAAUCAUCGACGCUACAAAGUGUGGCAACUUUGCCAGGUUCAUCAACCACAGCUGUAAUCCAAACUGCUACGCCAAGGUCAUCACCGUGGAGUCCCAGAAGAAGAUCGUCAUCUACUCCAAGCAACAUAUCAACGUCAAUGAAGAAAUCACCUACGAUUACAAAUUCCCCAUCGAGGAUGUCAAGAUCCCCUGUCUGUGUGGCUCGGAAAACUGCCGGGGGACUCUCAACUAGGACGCCAGGGAGCUGGGCGCGCUUUGCCAAAAAAGGGAGAAAGGGAAAAGAUGGAAGCUCCCGUCAGCCCCGCCCAAUCCAGCGAGACGCCUCGGGUCCAAGCUCCUCCGCGCCCGGCUCUCCCCAGCCCACCCUCAGGUGCUGUCCCUUUCCCCAGGCCCGGCUCGUGGCCAGCCCGACACUACCCGCCUUCCUGAAGCUUCCUCUCUACCUCCUCCCCUUCUCCUCCUCUUCCUCCUACUUGUGGGAAAAGUUGCUCCCUCUCUCUCUCUCUGAUUUUUUAAUGAUUUUUUUAAGAGUUUUUACACAGACAUAUCCCCUCUCCCACAAAUGCUGCUACAUUUUUUUUCCUCCUCCUCAAAAAAACAAGGAUAAAGACAGUUUUUCACCAUUCAAAUGUGGAGCCAGAGAUGGAGGGAGAAAUAUUAUGCUUUUUGGAAGAGAGAUGAGGGUAGAGUUUGGAGGAGGAGGAGGAACAGGGAUUUAGGGGGAGGCUUGGGCGCCAAGACAGUAGCUGUUGGCUCCCCGUCCCUCGCUGUAUAUUUUGGGAGCCUUCCCUUCUCUUCCCCCCCACCGAUGUUUCUUAGACCCUGCCCUGCCUUUCAGGCCUAGGUGAACCUGGGGAUGCCGUAGGAGGGAGCAGGGAGAGGGGCGAGGCCGCGGGCUCCCCUCCGAGGGCGUCUGCUCAGGUUUGCCUAGGAGGCCCUUGGUGGUUAGGCCCUGAUGGGGAUGCCCUGCAGCCUUCGCUUCUCAGGACCCUAGAUGCUCUCCGCCUCAGUCUUAGGGAGCCAGCGGUCAGUCUCCUGCCCGCUCCCCACCUGAAUAUCUUUUCCUUUUUCUUUCCCCACCCCAAGCCCUCUCCUCUUCUCCCCGCUGCUCCUCCAUCUGCUGGGAUGGCCUUCAGUGCCCGCUCCAUCCUCCUCUCCCGCACUAGGUCCGAGCUGGGGACCUGCAGCUAUUCUUGGGAGGCUGGGGAGGGGCUGGUCUGCUUGGCUUUCUCCCCCUUCCUCUUUCUUUCUCAAUCUGUCUUCCUUCCCUGGUGCUGGGGAGCCGGGCAGGUGCUAUGUAAAGGUCGGGCAGUGGGCCAGAGCUGGGCGCGGGGGCCACCUUCGGAGACCAUGUUCCUUGCCCUCGCCUCCACCUCCGGCCCAUGGCCGCCCCUGGGAGUUAGCAGGGGGCACGCCUGGUUCUCUCAAAUGUUUACUUUCUCAUUCAGAUGCCAGCAAGAAGGGGGCGAGAGCGAGCGGUCAGGGUGAGGAAGGGCACCAAGCCCUCACCCGAGCCACGGCCCGCCCCCAGAUAGCCAGCCGCCAGGGCAGGGCCCUUUAGGUGCUGUGUAGUUUAUUCCCCAAGAGCCCGGGGAAGGGGCUGGGCAGUGCUUGGCUCGCCCGGGCCGGACCCUUCCCUGGGAGGCCGGAUGGAAACCCAGGGGAGAAGAGGCCGGAGGGCUACUCCCCCAGGCUAACGUGCUUCCUACCCUCUGCCCCGCUCCCGUAGCUCUUCUUCCUUUCUCUGCCAUUACGGGUUGUCUUUUAGGAUCGGUGUUUCUCUUUCAGAAGAGACGCCUCAAAACUUUCAUCUGCUCUCUGCUGGGAUCCCUGGGCCCAGGGACACCAUUGGGCUUCCCUCACCUCACUCUGUCCAUCCGUCCGUCAGUCCGUCCAUCUAUCCUACUUACCGCUAGCCUGUCCGCUUCCCUGUCUGUCCCCAGGGUGGACCAGGGAGAGACGGGGAACCCAUCUUGAAAAUAUUUAUAUUGAAAAAAAAAAAAAUGCAAAGAGUUUCAUUUUCUCCCCUGAGGAAGGAAAAAGAAAAUGAUUUUUUAAAGGUUGGACAGAAGUCUCCAGUAGCUUUCAGUAGGUGUGUCCCCGUCCCCUUCACCCCCCAAAACUUGUAAGAUUCAUUUCAACGCUUUUUGUGUAUAGAACAGGAAGGACUAAAAGGACACAUAAAAAAAAGCCACAAGCAUUUUGGAGUUCAAAAUCAACGCAUCAUCUGUACAGAGACCACUGGGGUGACCUUCUCUUGGGAACAUUGUUUCUUGUAGAAACACGUGGGAAAAAAAAAAAAUUUUUUUUUUGAGGAUUUCUUUGUACUUAGGGGGGGAAAAGCCCCGAUAAACCCAACAACAGGGAAAAAAAAAACAAAAAAAAAAAAGUGAGCUUGUAAAUACUUUAUGAAAAAAAAAAAAAGGAACUUAUUAUAAUUUGGACUCGUUUUUAGCAAGAUGACAGCUUUCCCUCCGAGCCGCCUGCUGAAGCCCCAGCUCACGCGAGGAGCCGCUAGCAUCUCUCUCUCAGCUUGUGUCAAGCUUCUUACUGUGUAAAUUCUGUACAAAAGAACUUGGGUUUGGUUUUGUUUGGGGCUUUGGGGUUUUUGUUUUGUUUGGAUUUUUUUUUUUUUUUUUGGUUCUUUGUGUGUGUGUGUGUGUGUGUGCGCGUGCUUGUGCGUGCGUGAGUGAGCGAGUGAGUGAGUGUCCAAUUAGACAAAAUUAGCAUCAUCGAAAUGGAGGGGAAAAUGCAGGCCAGCCCAAGGCCUUUCCUUUUCAUUUUGGAUUCAGGCCUUGUCUGCCAACUUAAAUGUGCAAGAGAGGAAAAAAAAAAAGAAUAUAUAUAUUUAUUUCACAGAAGGAAGACAUGUACAGUAUGGAGAAGGGUCUAUUUAAGCAAGUUUUGGAUCCCCAACUCCCACAAGAGAUGGUUCUCUCCCAGACUUCAGAUUGGGACAAGCACUAAGGGAGAAAGGGGAGGGCAGAAGAUGCUUUAGAUGGGACCCCUCCCCCAGACCCCUCACUUCCCUUUCAGCAAGUUGUUUCCCGGGUGAGAGCAUGGGAGGGCUCCUCCGUCAGAGGUGAGGAGACGGUUUGCAAUAACUAAGAAAAUGCAGUUGUUUUUUAGUUGGAUUUGAUUUGAGAAAUUCUUUGCUUUGAAGAUUUCUGCCUCGAGGUUUUCUUUUUCUUUCUUUUGGUUUUCUUUCCCCCUCUCUCCCCCCCUUUAAAAAAAAAAAAAAGGCAGUUGAGUUUUUGGGCCAUUUUGUGCAUCUAGACCCCGCCCUCUGUACGUCACCUGUUUUUGAAGAGAAAUGUUUCUGUUGUGGGUGCAUCUUGCUGUAAAUACUUGUUCAUAUUUUUGUGAAUUCAAUACUAUGUACCAUUGUAUUAUAGUAACUUUUAUAAAGCAAACCCUAAAUAUACUGACUUUUCUUACAGAAA